AUGUACACGGCUAGCCUUCUUCGCUGGCUGGCUCUUGCGGUGCUCGCUAUGGUGCCGCUUGUUAGCGCUCUUGGCCUGGUCCCGUACCCCGACCAGGACCCCUUCUACUACCCUCCCGAUGGUUGGCAGAACAAGGCUCCUGGUGACAUCUUGCGCUCGCGUAAGAUUCAGGCUGCCUCGGUUGGUAUUCUGAAGUUCAACAUCGAUGCCUGGCAACUGCUCUACCGCACGAACACUAUCAACCGGAGCACGCCCUCUUACACGGUGACUACUGUCCUGGUGCCGCAAAACGCCGACCACAGUCGUGUUCUUACCAUGUCGUCUCCUCAGAACUCCAACUACAUCCGCUGCGCCCCCAGUUACGCUUUCCGUCACUCCGGUGUGCUCGAGAUUGCUAACUUCGAGCCCCGUUGGGAGCAGAUGAUUUACACUGUCUUCCUUGAAGAAGGCUGGAUUGUCAAUGCUCCUGACCACGAGGGUCCUGGCUCGCUCUUCUCUGCUGGUCGCGCCGGUGGUCACGCCGUCCUUGACUCGAUGCGUGCCGUUACGCGCUACGGUCCUCUGAAUGUUCCCAAGAAUGCUAAGUUCAUUGGUCACGGUUACUCGGGUGGUUCGAUUCCGAACGGCUGGGCCGCUGGUCUUCACAAGGUUUAUGCCGGCGAGCUGAACGUUGCGGGCUGGACGCUUGGUGGUGUUGCCUCGGACCCUCGUAUGACCUUCCAAUACUUGGAUGGUACGCCCACUUCUGCACUGGUUCUGGGUGGUGCCGUUGGUCUCAUGGAUGCCUACAAGGACCAGCUGUAUGACCUGUUCAUGAACGAUGUGUUCACCGACGAGGGCAAGGACGCUAUUAAUGUGAUCCGUCACGUCUGUGUGUACGAGGCUGUGAUUCGCUUCUUCGGCACGCAGUUCCAGAGCCCCAAGUACGUUAAGGGCGGUCGCAACAUUACCGACAUUCCCCAGGCUGUGAAGGUUAUGACGGAGAACACUAUGGGCCAGUACCCCAAGUACACUCCUAUUGCUCCUGUGUUCAUGUUCCAGGCUACUCACGACGAGGAGAUUGUCUGGUACCAAGCGAACACCACUGCCGUCAACUGGUGCCGCUACGGUGCGAACAUUCGUUUCCUGUCGUACACUUCGGCUGAGCUGAACCAUGUGAUGACGUACCUGUCGAACGUUCCCUACCUUCUGUUCUUUAUGCGUGACCGCUUCGAUGGCAAGCCUUACUACAACGGUGGCUGCCAGUUUGAUGCCGAGCCGAACAACCCUUCGUGGGAUGCGAACAUUCUUGGCGAGCGCUUCCGUGAGGCUCUUCUGGCCAUCGAGGACCUUCUUGGUAAGGAAAUUGGUCCCAAGGACAAGAUUCUGCGCCAGAAGCUCAAGGACGGCAAGAACCCCAACAAGGACGGUCUGACGAAGCUGAAUGGUAUGCAGCGCACGACGGUCACUCCUGGUGAGGGUGGUGACAAGUCGAAGGAGUCGAAGAAGGCUUCGUCUAAGUUUGCUCAGCUUAAGAAGGAGGGCAAGGCUCAGAACUCUACCCACAGUGGUAACUAA